UAUUCAUGGCAGGCACCAGUGACUCGAACUUUGAGGCUUGUUUUAUGGAAUUUUAACAGUUAACUUCGUUUUGUAAAUGUCAAAUGCUAAAUAAAAAAAGCUUUGACAUUGAAGAAAAUGAAGAGAAACCUGAAUGAAAGUUCAUCUCGAAGUACAGCAGGCUGUUUGCCUGUGCCAUUGUUCAAUCAGAAAAAGAGGAACAGACAACCAUUAACUUCUAAUCCACUUCAGAAUGAUCCAGGUAUUGGUACUGUUUCUGACAGUUAUGGUUUCCCUUCUUUACCAACAGAUUGGGCAUGGGAAGCUGUGAAUCCAGAGGUGGCUCCUUUAAAGAAAACAGUGAAUACAGGGCAAAUACCAGCUUCUGCUUCUUAUUGCCCGAGAAGUCAAGAUUCUGUGUCUAAAUCUAUUCAAUCAAAUGCUGAAAGAAGCCAAAGUGCCUGGGACUACAGAGACAACAACAGAAACACUAGCUUGAGAACUUGGGAUAGAAAUGAUUUCCGACCUCAGCAUAAAACUGUAAGCCCUGUGGCAAGCAGUAAAUUCAGUUCUUGUCCAGUGGACUUGGGAGCUCAACGACGACAAAAACAGUUCCAAACACCCGAAUUUCCUAACUUACCUGGACACAAGGAAGCUGAAGAGACCCGACAAACAUGUUUACCAAAACUGCCUGGCUCUACAAUGAAAGGCCCAGACAGAGCCAGUGCACUGCAGGCAUUUAAACCAAGUUUUCAGCAAAAUUCACUUAAGAAAACAGUGUUGGGAGAUGUUCCAAGAGAAAAUGCUCUGAAGGAAGCUACCUUGCAUCAGUUAAAGGAAAAAGAUAAUUCUUUAAGAAUUAUUUCUGCAGUCAUUGAAAGCAUGAAGUAUUGGCGAGCACAAGUGCAGAGAACUGUACUUCUUUUUGAAGUAUUGGCUGUCCUGGAUUCAGCUGUCACACCUGGCCCACAUUAUUCAAAGACUUUUCUUAUGAGAGACGGGAAAAAUAUUCUUCCAUGUGUUUUUUAUGAAAUUGAUCGUGAGCUUCCAAGACUGAUUAGAGGCCGAGUUCACAGGUGUGUUGGACACUACGACCCAGACAAGAACAUUUUCAAGUGUGUUUCUGUCAGACCAGCAUCUGCUUCUGAACAAAAGACUUUCCAAGCAUUUGUUAAAAUUGUAGAUGCCGAGAUGAAAUAUCAUACUAAAGUAAUGAAUGAAAUGUAAAUGGAGUCAAAGGGAAUUACACUGUGUGAGCAGAGGCGUUUGCUGUUAUUACUACUACCUUCAUAGUUUUAUCACUCUUGUUUUUAUAUUUCACUUCUUUUUAUAAAAAUAAAACUUUUCUUAUAGAUUUGACCAAAA